CCAUUUUCUUUCCCUCUCUCUCUAGCAGCUUGCAAGCACAGAAGAAGAACAAGAAGAGAGAGAGAGAGUAGCAAAAACAAAACAAAACGAGAAUCAUCGACGACGGUUUUGUUUUUCACCGACCAACGAUGAAGAGAAAGUUCGACGGUUUUGUUCCGUUCACCAGAAAACGCCCGAUUCAGUUUCUGAUCGGCGUUGCUCUCUUGUAUCUCUUACUUGUCACACUCGAAAUCCCCAUCGUUUUCUCCGGCGGCUUCGCCACCGUCACCGCUCGCUCUACGCGACUACUCACCGAGGAGGACCCACAGCAACGUCAAGCCCCGACCCGACCCGAAAAAUCCGUCUCCAACGCCCACGCCCCGAGGACUCAAAAUCAACGCGGAAUCGGAAUCGUCUCCGGGUUGGUGUUAAACGACGCCGCUUUCGACCCGAGUCGGAAGGACGGGUCGUCGGAGCUCUACAAGCUCGCGAAAACCGCGCGCGAGGUGGGGUUGAGCUUAUGGGGGGAUAUCCGGUCUGGGAGAGCAGUUGCGGCGAAGCCUGAGAAUCGGACCGGGUCGUGCCCCGGUUCGGUGUCGUUGUCUGGUUUGAAUUUUUCUGGUGUGGCGGCGCUGCCGUGUGGGCUCACAUUGGGGUCUCAUGUGACGGUGGUUGGGGUUGCGAAGGCGGCGAGGCCGGAUUAUGAGUCGAAGAUUGCGGCGGUGAGGGAUGGGGAUGGGCCGGCGAUGGUUUCGCAGUUUGUGGUGGAGUUGCAGGGGUUGAAGACGGUGGAGGGGGAGGAUCCUCCGAGGGUUUUUCACUUCAACCCGAGGUUGAAGGGUGAUUGGAGUGGGAAGCCGGUGAUUGAGCUCAACACGUGUUACCGUAUGCAGUGGGGUUCGGCUCUCCGGUGUGAUGGUUGGAAAUCGAAGGCUGAUGAUGAUACCGUUGAUAGGAUGGUGAAGUGUGAGAAAUGGAUUAGGGAUGAUGGAGAAAGCGGGGAGGAGUCAAAGGCAACGUGGUGGUUGAAUAGAUUGAUAGGGCGUACCAAGAAAGUUACAGUUGACUGGCCAUUCCCUUUCGCUGAGAACAAGCUUUUUGUUCUUACUAUUAGUGCUGGGUUGGAGGGGUAUCAUGUAACUGUUGAUGGGAGGCACGUUGCCUCUUUUCCUUAUCGCACUGGAUUUACUCUUGAGGAUGCUACUGGACUUUUUGUGAGUGGAGACAUUGAUGUCCACUCUAUAUUUGCAGCCUCUUUGCCUUCAUCACAUCCUAGUUUUGCCCCUCAGCGGCAUCUUGAAUUCUCCCCCAGAUGGCGUGCCCCGCCACUUCCUGACUCUGGUGUUGAAUUGUUCAUUGGCGUCCUCUCGGCUGGAAACCAUUUUGCGGAGCGGAUGGCUGUAAGAAAGUCAUGGAUGCAGCAUAGGCUCAUGAAAUCUUCCGUUGUGGCUGCUCGUUUCUUUGUAGCACUGCAUUCAAGACAAGAAAUUAACAUUGAGUUGAAGAAGGAAGCAGAAUAUUUCGGUGAUAUUGUUAUAGUGCCUUACAUGGAUAACUACGACCUUGUUGUGUUGAAAACAGUGGCCAUAUGUGAAUAUGGGGUUCAUACAGUGUCUGCGAAGUAUAUCAUGAAAGGUGAUGAUGACACUUUUGUGAGAGUGGAUGCUGUUAUCGAUGAAGCAAGGAAGGUUCCGGAUGAUACCAGUUUUUACAUUGGGAACAUAAAUUACUACCACAAACCUUUGCGCUAUGGUAAAUGGGCAGUGACAUACGAGGAAUGGCCAGAAGAGGAUUAUCCACCCUAUGCUAAUGGACCGGGUUAUAUUUUGUCAUCGGAUAUCGCACGCUACAUUGUAUCUGAAUUUGAGAUGCAUAAAUUAAGGUUAUUUAAGAUGGAAGAUGUGAGUAUGGGAAUGUGGGUUGAGCAAUUUAACAGCUCAAAACCGGUACAAUACAUGCACAGCUUGAAAUACUGCCAGUUUGGUUGCAUAGAAGGGUAUUACACCGCCCAUUACCAAUCCCCGCGGCAGAUGAUGUGCCUGUGGGAUAAAUUGCAAAGGCAGACAAGGCCUCAGUGCUGCAAUAUGAGAUGACGAUGAGUUUUAGGUUUCCAUCUUUGAAUCCAGAGAGAAAACACUGAGAAAACAAGUUUUGCAGUGAAGUCAUAGCAUCGAAUAUUGUAUAUAACUGUGGAGCUUGGUUAGUUCAACCUUAAACAUCACCCUGUACAAAAUAGCCUUUUGAAAAUCUCAGUAUGUAUUUACUGGUGUUCUUUGGUUCUUUUUCUAGACCACCCAUUUUUUGGGUUUCUCAACAAUUCUUUUGGCUCAGUAUAUAUUGAUGCUGAUUACUUUUGUAAAACUAUUUAAAGGAUAGCAUUCGGUAUAAUCAUAGAAUAUAUAGAUCAAUUAUUUCAUCAA